AUAUAGAUAUUAGAUAUUGGGUUUUGCGGUAAGUUCGUUGAAACGAAAGAGAGGGGAAUCUGAGCUGGCCUGACCCUGGGUUUUGCUGUACCAAUGGCUAUUUCGCAUACUUUAGGGACUGACUCACUUGUUAGUCAUGCCUUCAACAGAGAUGGUACAGAACUCGCCCUUUCUGUCAAUACUAGUGACGUUUACUUGUUGAGUGUUCCGGAAUCACCCAGUGGAAGGUUCCAGGUUAUCGAUGUCCUACGGGAACAUAGUGCUUUGGUUACAAGUAUAGACUGGGCACCACAGACAAAUAGGAUUGUUUCAUGUUCUGCUGAUCGUAAUGCCUACGUGUGGAAUAAGCAGUCAGACAAUAAAUGGAAGCCAACACUGGUUUUGCUCAUGAUCGAUAGAGCUGCAGUGUGCGUAAAGUGGUCUCCAUUAGAGGACCGUUUUGCUGUGGGUAGUGGUUCCAAACUUUUGGCAGUGUGUUGGUUUGACGAAGAAAGUGAUUGGUGGAUUGGCAAAAAGAUUAAAAAGCCUAUAAGAUCUACCGUCACGUGUAUUGAUUGGCAUCCAAAUAAUGUUCUUCUAGCUUGUGGGUCAAGCGACUUUCAUGCGAGAAUAUUCUCAGCCUUCACAAGCUCUGGCCCUUCGGAAUCAGUGUGGGGCAAACACACCCCUUUGGGUGCCGUGCUUUUUGACUAUUCGGAUGGGGAAGGUGGUUGGGUUCUGAGCGUUUCAUUUUCGGCAGAUGGAAAUAAAUUAGCAUGGACUAAGCAUAAUUCAACAAUUUUUGUAGCUGAUGCAAGUAUCAGUGCCACACCUAUUGUUACACGUUUACGAACUGAUUUCUUACCUUUCGUCAGUUGCAUUUGGAUUGGACCAUCAACUUUUGUAGCAGGUGGUUACGACUGUUGUCCUAUGCUGUUUAGAUAUAAUGACCAAUCGAUCAGUUUUGUUCACCAGUUGGAUACUAAGAGUGAAUCUCGAUAUGGUGGAAAGGUAACAGCUAUGAAGAAAUUUCAAGAUAUUGAUCGCAUGGCUACAGCUGAUAAUACUAGCUCUCGUUUACCGACGAUUCAUCAAAAUUGCAUUAAUGAAAUUCGAAUUCUUAAAGGUGAUCGUUCAAUGGCUUCAGAACUCAGUUCAGUCGGUCGAGAUGGUAAUCUCGUAUUGUGGAACUUUCCAACACUAUCUGAACAAAUUGCAGAUUUAAAGAUAGUUUGAUGUGUCUCGGUAAUUCCCUUAGUCAGGAGAUUUGUACGUUUAUGUCAAACUCGGUUACAAUUUAUAUUGUGAUCACUGCGAAUGACCGCAUAAUUACCAUCAUCUUUCUUACCAAUGAUUUUCACAAUUUGUGUGUAAACUAAAUAUUUUAUAAUCAUUUUACUUAAUUAUUCAGAAACAGUUUUUCUUUCUUUCAAUUAUGUGGGUAUGUGUAUUUGUGUCGAUCUUUAUGUAAAUGUAAAGAACACACUAAAAGAGAGUUUAUUU